CGCUUACGUAUCUCCCGCUAUUCCGCUAUCAAACAUUAUCAGCAACACUUCGUAAUGUAAACACAGGAUUGCACCAUGGUCUUUAUUCGUCAUACAAGACUCAUAAGUAAAUCUUUAAGUAAACACUGCUUCAUUAAUUGCUUCAACUAAGUACAUAUAUAAACUCAUGAAUCGAAAUAUCUCAGCACAAGAUAUGUUGAACGAAGAACUCAACACACUUAUUACAAGUUCAUCUGGAGGCAAAUUACAAAAUAUGGCAUCAGAAGACACCAAUGUUCAUGACAGACCAGCCAAUACAACGAUAUCUGCAAGACAUCAUUCGCAAUAUGAAAAUUCCAAUCAAGAUACGAAACCACCACGAUUAUUAUUCUCCAAACGAUGCUUCGUAACUGCAUUAUUAUUCGUUGGAUACGUACUGCUGACUAUAGGAGCACGAAUGCUGGGUAUCGUGAUCAUCGAUAUGACGUAUUUAUCCGGUAAUCAUACCACUGUUGAUGUCGCACGCUACGAUUGGGACUCGCCAACGAUCAGCUUGGUUUUAAACAUGUUCUGGUACGGUUUCCUAUUCUCGCCCUUUAGUGGAUACAUUUCACAGAAAUUCGGAGCAGCUGUUACUUUUGGAGGAUCGAUGAUACUAUCCGGAGUAUUAUUCUUCGCCAAUCCAUUCGGAUUAAAAGUACACUUCUAUCUGUUUCUUCUAAUUCGAGGACUGGUUGGCUUGAUCCAGGGUAUAGGAAUGUCGUCGAUGUCAGGAGUUAUCGCUAACUGGAUACCGAAAGCUGAACGUGCUAAGCUUAUGGGAUUCAUUGUCAAUGGAAUACAUUCCGGUAACGUGUUAUCGUUCGCCUUCUGUGGGUUUCUAACACAGCAUUUCGGUUGGCCGAUGUCAUUUUAUGGCACAGGUGCUGUAUCGGUAAUCUGGGCGAUCGUAUUUUUAAUCUUCGUUACAAACGAUCCAUCCCAAGACAAAUGGAUUUCGCAGAAAGAACUCGCCUAUUUGCAAAGCACCAUUGCGAGAACUCCCAGCAAAAACAACCACUCUCCGUACAAAGCUAUUUUUUUAUCACCUCCAUUUUGGGCAUUAUUUUUAUGUAAAUUCGCCUACGCUUGGACCAAUGUCUUGGUGGUUGGCUAUUGUCCAAUGUAUAUCAAUGACGUGAUCAGAGCAGAUAUAAACUUAGUUGGCUAUAUUGCAUCAAUUCCAAGCUUUGCUAUCAUAUUUAUUCUACCAGUUACCGGAAUAUUAAUGGACCAUUGUCAAAAACGCACAAAAAUUGAAGAUACCAAGGUCCAUAAAAUAAUAAUUUGCAACGGUUUUGUUAUAUCUUCGGCUUUAUACCUUUUGGUUGCCUAUGUCGAUAAUUUUAUCGUAUCCAUUGUCUGUUUUGUACUCAUCAACGUGAUAAUUUCGUACAACAGGGUAAUUUAUGAAGUACUGACGGUCAAUAUUGCUCCCAAUCACUCCAGUCUGAUCUCAGGAUUGACGUUAUUCGGUCAAACGAUCGGUAUCAUCGUAGCUCAGUCAGCUAUCGGGUACAUCGUUCAAAACCACAAAGCUUCAGAAUGGGAUAUAUGUUUUUGCUGUGCUGCUGCUGUGUUGACAUUCACAGCUCUGAUAUUUGGCUUGUUCGGUUCGAGUAAACCACAACCUUGGUCGGUCUCUCCUCCAGCUCAGGCCGCAGAUCAAACUUCCAAACCUCAAGAUUGAAAAUAAUUUUUACCUAUUGAUACGUUACUUCUUUAAUUUAAUAUGGGUAAUAAUGAGAAUUUAUUAUUCUGCCCAAGUAUUUUUUUUUUACAGUGUACUUAGGAAAAGACUAGUCAAUCAAGUAUUGGAAUUUUUUUUUGAGAUUUAACACUAUGAUCAAUUUUUUUGUACUUUCACUUUUUUAAAUUUUUUCUAUUUAAAAAAUAAUUUAUGCAUUUAAUGUAAGAACAAGAAGUUACCUAUUCAAUUUUUUUGUUGAGAAGUAUUUUUAUGAAACUAAGUCAUUUUAUUUUAAAUAUUCAAUUUGAAUAAUUUUCAAUAAAUUAUUUUUCCAUUUUCA